GACCCGGAAGUAGAAUCCCCAUAGCAACAAGCAGCUGCCCGGUGUAUUUAAAUCGUGCCUGGGGGGGAAGCGGAGUAGCGGGCAGUUCCGACUCUUCAACAUGGAUCAUGUGGGAUAUGCAAGAACAAGCCAUGGUCAAGUGCCAAAGGAAGGAAUCAGCUGGUCAGGGGUUCAGCAGAAAAAUGCCUAUGCCAAAUUAGUGCAACAACAUCACAGUGGACGGUUUAAGUUCUUUUUGAACUACAUAGCUCAGAAGCUGCAGCAGGAAGAGAGUGCCCAUGGAGAUGCUGGCUUGGAUAGAGACUUGGAAAUUGCAGGUGGUUGCCAGGAAUUAUUGGAAAGAAAUGGAUCAAGCAGUCGUGAUAACUUGGCAACUAAACAGGCCUCUUGUGAGAAUUCUGGUGUUUCUCAAUAUGGCAGAGUGCGUGAACAUGGAGACAGCUGCAGAAAAUCUGAUGCAUUAGCUGAAAAACAAAAAGGCAUAAAAGCUACAAUCGCAAGUCAUGAUUCUGAUUUGGAGCCAGAGAACUCUGGAAAAGUUGUAGCCAAUAAUUUUGAAAAAAAGCAAAUGUAUCCUAGCCUGAAUAAGGAGUCUUCAAUACAAAUGUGUGAUUCUGGUAAUAGAGACACCCAUAAACAAAAGGCUCAGUCUCAAACGUCUACCAAGGGCUCCCAAAGUGAAGAGCUUUUAGAAGGUGGUAACAAGCGUGGAUUCCACAGGACCAGAAACCAGUCAGAAAGUGCUUGUGCACCCCCAAGCCUCAAUAGGAAAAGACAGCUCUCAGAAUCCCAGGGUGAAACUAUGCACAACAGCGAAUUUCUGAGCCCAGUUCAAUCUGGAACCCAAAGAGGCACAAAUCGCAGCAUUUUGAAUAAUAAGAAGAGUGGCAAGGGUAAAAAAAAGAGUGUUUUUGAGGCCUACAUGACAAAAGAGGAAGUGUCUGCAGGGUUGAAAAGAGGAGAGCUAAUCCAGGGUCCCCUGAGGAUUAAUCCCAAGAAAUUUCAUGAAGCAUACUUGCCAUCACCGGAUGGUGUCAGAGACCUUUUUAUUGAUGGGGUAGUUCCUCGAAACAGAGCUUUGAAUGGGGAUGUGGUUGUUGUGAAGUUAUUGCCUCAAGAACAGUGGAAGGUAUUGAAGAAUGAUGUUUGUGAGGAUGAUGACACACCAGGUCACAGUACUGGUAACAAGCAGCAUGCUCUGUCUCCACAUUUAAUGAAAAGUAGUGCCAAAAACCCAGAUCUUAUUAUAGAGGCCAAAGUUGACAGCAGUGCAGAGGAUGGGCAUGAAAGUGCCUUGAUUGGAUGUCUUCAAAAAGAAAUUAAGGAUCAAGAUAAACUAGGUGCCAUAGAAGAAAAAACAUCUAAGCAAGGGGAUCCUAAAACUUUUUCGGAUGACUGCUUUCAGAAAACUGCAAAGGUAGUUUACAUACUGGAGAAAAAACAUUCAAGAGCAGCAACUGGUUUCAUUAAACCUUUGUCUGACAAGAGUAGUGACCUUGCAAGGAAGCGUGCUUUGUUUUCCCCUGUGGAUCACAGACUGCCCCGCAUAUAUGUCCCUCUUGGAGACUGUCCUCACGACUUUGCAAUCCACCCAGAAACCUAUGCUAACACCCUAUUUAUCUGCAGUAUCACAGCCUGGAGAGAUGACAGCAACUUUGCUGAAGGGAAGUUGAUGAAAAGUCUUGGACAGGCUGGAGAGAUUGAACCUGAAACAGAGGGAAUAUUAGUGGAGUAUGGUGUAGAUUUUUCUGAUUUCCCUGAUAAGGUUUUGCAGUGCCUACCACAGGACCUUCCAUGGACUAUACCACAGGAAGAGUUCCAGAAAAGAAAAGACUUAAGGAAUGAGUGCAUUUUCACCAUUGAUCCUGCCACUGCAAGGGACCUGGAUGAUGCUUUAUCAUGCAAACCGCUUCCUGACGGUAACUUUGAAGUAGGAGUUCAUAUUGCAGACGUGAGCUAUUUUGUUGCAGAAGGAAGUGCUCUGGACAUUAUGGCUAGUGAGAGAGCCACAAGCGUAUAUCUUGUACAGAAGGUAAUUCCAAUGCUACCUAGACUUCUGUGUGAGGAGCUGUGCAGUCUGAAUCCAAUGACUGACAGACUUACAUUUUCAGUCAUAUGGAAAAUCACACCACAGGGCGAGAUCUUGGAUGAAUGGUUUGGUCGGAGUGUCAUCUGCUCCUGUGUGAAGCUGAGUUAUGACCAUGCCCAGAACAUGAUAAACCACCCAGACAAGAAGAUUGAGCAGCAUGAGCUGCCCCCAGUAUCACCACAACACACCAUUAAUGAGAUACAUCAAGCUGUACUAAACCUUCAUCUUAUUGCACAAAACCUACGUAAGCAGCGGUUUGAUGAUGGGGCCUUAAGACUAGAUCAGCUGAAAUUAACUUUUACUCUGGACAAAGAGAGUGGGUUGCCUCAAGGAUGCUACAUAUACCAAUACAGAGACAGCAACAAAUUGGUGGAAGAAUUCAUGUUACUUGCAAAUAUGGCAGUAGCGCAUCACAUAUACCGGCGAUUUCCAGAGGAAGCUUUGCUGCGCCGGCACCCUCCUCCACAAACCAAGAUGCUCAAUGAUCUUAUUGAAUUCUGCGAUCAAAUGGGACUGCAGCUGGAUUUCAGUAGUUCUGGGACCUUGCAUAAAAGUUUGAACGAUCAGUUUGAAACAGAUGAAUACUCUGCUGCACGUAAGGAGGUUCUGACCAAUAUGUGCUCUCGGCCCAUGCAGAUGGCAGUAUAUUUCUGCACUGGAGCCCUGAAAGACGAAACCUUGUUCCAUCACUAUGCACUGAAUGUCCCACUGUACACUCACUUCACUUCCCCUAUAAGGCGCUUUGCUGAUGUCAUUGUUCAUCGCCUCCUUGCAGCAUCUCUUGGAUGUGGACCUCCUCUGAAAAUGCCAAAAGAGGUUAUCCAGAAACAAGCAGAUCAUUGUAAUGACCGUAAAACGGCAUCCAAGCGAGUGCAGGAGCUGAGUGCAGAGCUUUUCUUUUCUGUCUUUGUUAAGGAGUGUGGCCCCCUGGAGUCAGAAGCCAUGGUUAUGGGGGUCCUUAAUGAAGCUUUCGAUGUUAUAGUGCUUAGAUUUGGGGUCCAGAAGCGCAUCUAUUGUAAUAGCCUUCCUCUUGUUAAUUCACAUUUCCAACAGGUCGGGAAAAGACCUGAGCUGACACUGCUAUGGGAACCAGAAAAGAAGGGAGAAGAACCUGUGCGACAAGUAAUCAGUAUCUUCACCCUUGUGGAGGUGGUCCUCAAGUCCGAUAAUGUGCCCCUGAAGUAUACAGCAGUACUGAAAAGCCCAGAGGCCCAGUGACAAGAGUUUGGAAAACACAGGAAGUGCUGCUGCCCCUCUGAGAGCAGUGCUGCUGUACAGUGCAGCUUCCAUUACAGGGGAUUACAUUCUUCAUUUCAAGGGGAAAUACAUGUUUAAUAAGUUAUUUCUGUUGUGGCAUUGACUUAAAUGUAUGUAAAUGGCUUUGAUGCUGCUAAUUCAGUCUGUAUAUCCAUAGAACUUUUAAAGCAUAAUAGGGGUUUAAGGGAGACUGUGGAUUAUUGCAAACAGACUCAAUAUAUGUUCUGAUGAUAAUUUUAAUUUACUUUUUAAAUGAAGUUGGAGAAAUUUGACCUAGCAGAUUUGUUUUAUAAAUAGCCAGAAUACAUUGGCCUUCAUAUAAGUUCUUCUACAGUCCAUAAGCCCCCACCAACAUCUAAGCAGCAGUAACUGGCAUAUGAGCUCAGUGGAAUUUUAAAUUUUUUAUGUAUUUUUAGGUCCGAAAAGCAGCUAUUAAUUUUUAGACAACGUUUUUUUUUUUCUCUGAAUGAACUCAUGGCUGGCACCAUCACAGAGCUGUGUUUUAGUUAGUGUAUUAAACAAUAUUUAAUACUUUUUUUUUAUUUUAUAAAUCUUGUUCCAGUUUUCUCCAUUUCCUCCUGGUAACCUUGUCACAGUUAUAUAAAUGAAAGAUACUUUUGCUUGUACAAAAUUCAGACUGUGGAAGAUGCACAGCAGUUAAUGAGACUCAUUUAGUAACAAUGGUAAAAUCUGCGUCUAGGCAGUAGCUAUUCAGCUUUUAUAGGGAAUAGGGAGUUCAGUUGCCAUAGGUAACUGCCCAGGAGCAAAAUUGCCUAAUGUUAGUAAUGAGCCCCACUAUUGCCUUUGGCAGUGCCUUUUGAGCUUAUUGUAGGUGAGACCAGAUAAUCACACAAACAGUCCAUCCCUGGAAUAAUCUUGUCUCACAACUUGUAUCUCAACUCCACCCUUCAAUAAAGCAAUGUGUUCCGUGUA